AUGGCGUUUACAGACAUUGACAAUACUUCAUCCAGCACAGGAGGUUCAACAGAGAUGUCAGGGCUUGACUACAGUGAACGUCUCCCCAUCCUUUCACGGAAACAACCGAUGCACAUACGACUUGACAUCGUGAAGGACACCUGCCAUGACGACCUCCCUGUGAGACGUCGUGAAGGGGUGAUGAGCGACGAAGGCUACCACGGCUCAACGAACAACUCACCCCGUGAUGGCAAAUAUGACACGUUUGCCACUCGCAGCUCUGGCCUUGACCCCAUCACACUGACAUGGCGGAAUAUAACGGUCAGUGUCAAGGACGAGGAGAAGGCGUGUUGCCGUGGUGAUGACGUUGCGAAGUCGAAGCAAAUCUUGAAGAAUGUGACUGGCCUUGUGAAGCCCGGGAUGGUGACAGCCGUUAUGGGAGUCAGCGGUACCGGAAAGUCCACCCUGAUGAACGUACUGGCCCACAGAAAUACACAACAAUACGACGUCACUGGCGACAUUAGCGUCAACGGGGUCAACAUCAGCGACGGCAUCAGGAACAUUUCCGCCUACUGUCAACAAGACGAAAUGUUCAUAGGAACACUUACAGUCAAAGAACAUCUUGAGUUUAGGGCCCUUCUGCGCAUGGACAAGGCGGUGUCUGAAAAAGCCCGAAAGCUGAGAGUUGACGAAGUGUUGAACGAGACGGGACUAACGGAGUGUGCUUACACGGAGAUCGGGACACCGGGGAAGAAAAAGGGGAUUUCGGGGGGACAGAUGCGAAGGCUGUCCUUUGCCUCAGAGAUUUUGACAAACCCCCCUCUGAUGUUUUGUGAUGAACCAACCUCCGGCCUGGAUUGCUUCAUGGCGCAGAGCAUCGUGAAGACCUUGCAGAACAUGGCACUGCGUGGCAGAACAAUCAUGUGUACCAUCCAUCAGCCGUCAUCGGAGGUCUUCCAGCUGUUUGAUCAUUUGCUGCUGUUGUCAGAAGGCCAUAUUGCUUACCUUGGACCAGCCUGGCAGGCAGAGAAAUUCUUUCUCAGCCAAGGAUACCAGUGUCCUGCGAACCACAACCUGGCUGACUUCUACAUCAACACCUUGGCCAUCGACCCAGGGAGAGAAGAGUACUGUCGACAGAAAGCAGUGGCACUGUGUGACGCCUUCAGCAAGAGCGAGGUUAAUCAGACUUUACUCAGCAAUCUGCAAGAGGUGACAGAUCAAAGACAUGCAGACAUCAAUUCGUCGUUGUUUCAACGCGCCUUUAACAAUGGAAAUGACAGGUAUCGCUCCCCCUGGUACAAACAACUUCAGCUUCUGCUGUGGAGAGGUGGACUCGGGAUGAAAAGGGAUGCGGCGGUGUUUGUGGCUCAAGGACUUCAGACAGUCUUGGCGGCGCUUUUCCUUGGGCUUGUGUACCUAAAACAGAACUACGACCAGAGUGGCGUCAUGAAUAUCGACGCUGCCAUCUUUCUCCUCAUAACCAACCUGUCCUUCACCUGCAUGUUCUCCGUUGUCAACUCGUUCCCAGGGGAGAUGCCGGUGUUUAUGAGGGAGUACGGCAGCGGCCUCUACCAAGUCCACAUCUACUUCAUAUCGAAGACCAUGACAGAGUUGCCUUCUCUCAUCAUUCUGCCUGCACUGUUCGCCUGCAUCAGCUACUGGAUGAUAGGUCUUAAUCCUUCUGUGACGUGCUUCCUGGUAUUCCUGGCGAUGAUGAUCCUUGUGGCCAAUGUUGCGGCUUCUUUCGGUUACUUGAUCUCCACUGCGUCCGGAUCCAUUGACGUCGCCCUCAAUAUAGCACCUUCCCUCUUUAUACCGUUCACACUCUUUGGAGGCUUCUUUUGAAUAACAGGUAUCUCAGUUCCUGUCUAUUUCAUAUGGCUGCAAUAUUUGUCAUGGUUCAAAUAUGCAAACGAAGUUCUAGUAAUUAACCAAUGGGACACCAUCGACAAUAUAGCUUGCGGAGAAGCUGCAAACUAUACAUCAUCCGAUCUAUGUUUUCGGAAAGGGAAUGAUGUCAUAGAAUACCUAAAUUUUGACAAGGGAACGUAUUACCUGGACAUCGGACUCCUGUUUGUACUGCUAGUUGGAUUCAGACUCCUCGCCUUCUUCCUGUUACUUGUGAAGGCAAAACGAUCAAAGGCAUAA